UCCAUCAGAUGCCCAAAAAAGCUAAACCAGCUGCCUUUGAAAAAAGCGGAGAAAAAGGAGAGAACCUCUGGUCCACGAGGAGGAAAGCGGACACCCUUCUCUUCAUCCGGCCAGACCUCCUGCUUCUCCGGCGGCCGGAGCGCCGGCGCGACCAUGAUCCCGAUUACAAUAUCUAGAGUCAACCAGUUUGACGCUGCGAGGCUUGAUGUUGAAAUGUCCGCCAUGUUGAAAGAGCAGUUAGUCAAAGUAUUCUCUUUGAUGAAGCCAGGACUCUUAUUUCAGUAUGAGCCUGAACUCGAUGCGUUCCUUGAGUUCCUCAUCUGGAGGUUCUCAAUUUGGGUAGACAAGCCAACCCCAGGGAAUGCACUCAUGAACUUGAGGUAUAGAGAUGAACGGGCAGCACCGAUCGCAGGAAAAGAGGUCAGAACAGGUUUAGAAGGACCUGGGCUUUCAGUUUCUCAAAAGAUCUUGUACUGUAUUAGCACUGUUGGUGGCCAAUACUUAUUGUCCCGAUUGCAAUCCUUUUCUGCUUUCCGUCGAUGGGGUGAUUCAGAACAGAGACCACUAGCACAUCGUGCUUGGGGCAUGGUGCAGCACGCUGAAGGACUAUACAGAGCUGUUUCAUUCUUUAACCUGUUGUCAUUUCUUUAUGGCGGAAGGUAUAAAACUCUUGUGGAAAGAAUUCUGAAAGCAAGACUUGUGUAUGGGAGCCCCAAUAUGAACAGAGCAGUGAGCUUUGAGUACAUGAAUCGGCAGCUGGUUUGGAAUGAGUUUUCGGAAAUGUUGCUUUUGCUUCUGCCCCUCUUAAACUCAUCCUCAGUAAAGAAGUUCCUCCUUCCUUUCUCUAAGGAUAAAUCAGCAAGUUCUUCUGGUGACGAAGCAAACUGUCCUAUAUGUGUCUCUAGUCCUAGCAUUCCCUUUGUAGCUCUCCCAUGUCAACACAGGUAUUGUUACUAUUGCCUACGAACGCGCUCUGCGGCUACAAGUUCUUACAGAUGUGCACGCUGUAAUGAGGUUGUCGUUGCGAUUCAACGACAUGGAUCAAGUUAGUUGUACUUGGGCUCAAGAAUUCUUGCACAAACCCGCACCCUCUGUUGUAAACAAGAACGCUUCUUUGCCCACCACCAGCAGAUUUUUGAAGCUCCGGUCUACAUAUUACUGACCUGAAGCAAAGACAAAUUGUUGUAUGGAAACUGGUGGUGUAAAACGUCAUGUUUUGUUUGUAGAAGCUAUAGAGAAGUCUGCGAGAUGGAAUUCUGGGUCUGUGCAGACAAAAAUAUGUUCUUUUUAGAGCAAGAAGCAUGUAGUUUGUUUUUGUGGAAUAUAGUAAUUUUCUGGUGAUUUGCAGUUUAGCUGGGUACUGUAUAUUUUUAUGGCAAGAGCCAAGAGGUACUUCAAAUUGUACCCGAAGUCCCUAGAAGCCGCGAUUUGACUUCUAAAUCAUUUAUGAAAAUUUAUAUGGGUUUAGAAGCCA